AAUUAUCAAUAGAUUUUUGUAUUAUCAUUUUUUAAUUAUCUUUAAUCAUUUUAUAAGUGAUAAGUACAGAGUAAUAAAAAUAUAUGAAAGUAAUUUCUUUGGAUUUAAAUUGUGUUUUAUCGAAUUAAUAUAAUGGCAGCUGUUAUUCCAACAGUUACUAAAUUAUCAAAAAGAAUCAUAAGAAUUCUGGGUUGUAACCCAGGACCAAUGACGCUUCAAGGUACAAAUACAUACUUAAUUGGAACUGGAAAAAAUCGUAUACUUUUGGACACUGGUGAUAAAGACAUGACAGAAUAUCAGAAACAUUUAUCUGAAGUAGUAGGUUCAGAACAAGUAAAUAUUGAACACAUAGUGGUUACACAUUGGCAUCAUGACCAUAUAGGAGGAGUUGAGAAUAUUUUUGGGACAAUUGCAAAACAGCCGAAAGUUUGGAAACACAAAAGGGAUUCAGCUGAUGCUUAUGACACAAAUCUGUUACCAUGUCAUUUUAAUUGGCUUUAUGAUGGACAAGAGCUGACAGUAGAAGGAGCAACUCUUAAGGUUCAUCACACACCUGGGCAUACAACUGAUCAUGUGGUCUUGACUUUACAAGAGGAAAAUAUUUUAUUUAGUGGGGACUGUAUUCUUGGAGAGGGCACUGCUGUUUUUGAAGACCUUUAUACCUACAUGAAAAGCUUAAAUAGAAUAUUAGAAUUGAGUCCCAGUGUUAUUUAUCCAGGACAUGGAAAUAUUGUUGAUGACCCUAUUGAAAAAAUUAAAUACUAUAUAGCACAUCGAACUCAAAGGGAAGAACAAAUUUUAGAAGCUCUUAGGAACAACUCCGAUAAACAAUUGAAUGAAAUGGAUUUAGUUAAGAUCAUCUAUAAAGAAACGCCAGAGCCUUUAUGGCCAGCGGCUGCAUAUAAUGUUAAUCAUCAUUUAACAAAAUUAGCCAAAGAGAAAAUAAUAAAAUGCCUAGAUAUAGAUGGGGAAAACAAAUGGCAGAUAGCUAUGACACAAAGCAGUUUAUAGAGAUUCUUGCUGUAAAGAAUUUUCAUAUAUUUGGUCAAAUUCAGAGGAUAUAUUUAGUAGUAGGUUAUUUUCCUAUAUUUACUAGUAAUUAAGGGGGAUUUAUUGGGUACCAAAUUUACAUAUUUACAACUUUAUUGUUAUAAAUGAUUUUAAAUAUGAAUUCAAAGAAAUAAUAAAAAUAAAUAUGAAUUAAACACUGUAUUAUUUCAGGUAUAUCACUGUACUCUUUAAAACUAUGAAUUUAAUUUAUUUAUACUGUUUGCGGAGUAUACAUUCCCACCAUUAUUCAUUUUCUAUAACCUCUAUGGAUUAUUUGCAGAGGAACCAUUUUACUGACGGGAUUCUGGGUUUUUCGAGCAAUUUUUUUUAAUAUUAUCUAUCGAAAAUAUGUUUUAAAAUAAAGGAAUAAAAUCAUCAUCUUGGUGAACAUUUA